GCCGAGUCGAAAAAUAUAUAGAUACGCGGUUGACAGUCUCAAUGAAGAUAUCUCAAGCACCAAGCUACUCGCAGCUGCCCUCAAUCUUCACUGACAACUUUCUUUUGACACUAUGAAAUUCAUAAUGAAGCUCAUCAACGCGCUUCUUGUUACAGCCUCGCUCACGCAGGCCCAUCCCAAGCCUCACAAGUCCGAUCGUGCAUUGUACUUCCUCGACAGCGACCCCCAGGGAGCUUCUGUUGUCUCACUCAGCAUUGCCAAGGAUGGCUCGCUGGGUAAGCCACAGAGAACCUCUACUGGUGGAAGGGGCCUUAUUGGUAAUAACAUGAACGGCCCUGUGAAGAUGGAUCCCCUGUUCUCCCAAGGCUCCAUUGUUGUGAGCGGAAACCGCUUGUUCACCGUCAACGCUGGCUCUAACACUUUGGCCGCUUUCCAUAUCCCGAAGGAGAACCCAGCUCACCCGGUUCUUCUCGGAGAGCCUGUCGAUACUGUCGGCACAGCUCCUAACACGGUUGCCUAUUCUCUCAAGAACAAGCUUGCUUGCGUCGCCAAUACUGGAACCAAGCCGGGCGUUCAGUGCUUCACGGUCUCGGACUGCGACGGCUUGAAGCCCCAGGGUAACCUCAGGCCUCUACCCGUCUUUCAUCAGACUUCUCCUCCAACAGGACCUCCCAACACCGUUUCCAACAUUCUCUUCAACCCUUCUGAGACGGCUCUUUUUGUCACCAUCAAGGGAAACGGCAUGGAGAGUGGUUUCGUUUAUGCUUACAAGGUCGAGAACGGAUACGUGAGUGAGGAAGCCGUAAAGUCACAGCCCAAUAACUUGCCAGUUGCUUUUGGAAUGAGCUUUAUUUCAGACGCCUCUGCUGUUGUUUCCACGCCCGCUUACGGUGCAGCAUUCGUGUCCAUCGCCGAUGAUCUCACUGUACUCACCAAGACCAAUAUUACAGUCCCAAAACAAAUGGCCACUUGCUGGACCGCCACUUCCGCUGGUUCUAGCUCUGUCUAUCUCCUCGAUGCCGCUGUUCCCGACGUUACUGCUCUCAACACCGAGACUAUGGCCAUCGGACGCACUCUCCCUGGAUACGCUGCUGGUAAGGGCAACUUCGAUGCCAUUAUUAGUGGCUCCAAGCUCUAUGCUCUGCAGGCCGCUCCAGCGAUUGCUGUCUUUGACUUGAGGCAUAAUUCUUAUGGUCCAAAAGUGAUCGACUUGAGCGGACUUGGAAACCGUGCUUCUUGGACUGGAAUGGCUGUUUACUGAGAGCUUUGGCUCAUAAGACCCCGAUGAGGAUUGGACCCCACGGCAGAUUGAGCACUGCUAUCUAAUUCACUUAAAAGAUUUCGCCUUUUACCAGUGAAUCUACUAUUAGUUGUUCCAUACUUGCAUCUACUUCACUUCUUCUGUUUGAUCAUAGAAGAGCAAAGGGCCUGGCUCGGAUUGGCUUGGAUCCCUGAACUUCUCACUGAUAGAUAUUUUACCUCUAAAUACAGAUAGAAAUUCUUAAUGCACCC